UCCCCCCCUCCCCCCCUCCCCCCUCUUGAAGAUUUUAAUAAUUCAUCUAUAGCUUCUUAUUCAUUGCUUUCUCUGGAUUACAAAGAAUUUCGUGCUCAAAGAGUUGUGAUGCCUUGGUUCAUGAAUCUUAAGAUACGAACUAUCUUUUAUGCUAUUUCUCUAUGGUAAUAAACUCUAUGCCUUGGAGUUGUGAUUCUUGAUCGCCUUUAUUCUCUCCUUUUUUUGGGACUCUCUAUGGUGUCCAUCUUAUUGGAGAGGAGGUUCAAGGAAUGUGAGGUGAGCGGUAACUUUGAUUUAUUAAUUAAAUUCAUUUAUACUUAAUCCACUUUGUUGUAGCGCGCAGGUCAUAAGUAAUUGAAAGCUGAUAGCUAUUAGUGCCUAUCUAGCCUACGUGCUCGGGUUCGAGGAAGCCGUGCGCGGAAAAAUUUCAUGGCUCUUCUGAAGUUCAAUCCAAGUAGGAUGGGCAUGACAGUUACACUGGUAAAGGAGGCACUUGGUGCACAUAAUUUUCUACAAGAUAAUGAUGAGAAAGUGCAAUCUGCCCCUGCACAGGUUCAGCAAAGGUUCCUAGGUGUACCAGACAAAGAUAUACAGUUCUCAGCAACAGGUGCAGUCAAGGGCCAUAAGGUGCUGAAACAAGUAGAUUCAACUGGGGAUUCAGACGAUAAUGUAGUUUCUGUGCCCACAUCCAAAGGUGGAAUUAGAAGGAAACAUCAUCGAGCUUGGACUCUCUCUGAGGUUAUGAAGCUAGUUCAGGGUGUAUCUAGGUAUGGGGCUGGAAGGUGGUCUGAGAUCAAACGGCUUGCAUUUGCAUCCUAUUCGUAUCGCACCUCCGUUGAUCUCAAGGAUAAAUGGAGGAAUCUACUGAAAGCUAGCCUUGCACAGAUAUCUUCAAAUAAAGGGAUAAAUUCCCGAAAAAAUGUCACUUCAAUGCGGAUUCCUGAACCCAUUUUAUUGAGAGUUAGAGAGCUUUGCUGAGAUGCAGUCACAGGUUCCACCGAAUCUAAGCUCAAGCAAGGUGGCUGGAAAUAGUGUACAUGAAAAACAAUCAGGGUGCUUAUAACAUUGUAACUUGUAGAUUUUAGUUGUAUAAUUUGCAAAUAAACGCACAUCAGUUUGUCCACAUUUUGAUGAUUGUUCUUUUGCUGCUGCCUCUUAUGGUGGCUGGUGGUGGUCCCAGUGAACAGUCGAUAUCUAAACAGACAGGACAACCACAUAGUCUGUAACUAGAAUUAAGCCAAGGAGAGUGAGUGGAUCAGUAAGAAAAAGUUCAUUAGUUUGAGUGCCUUA